AUGAGCCAGCAGGGUGCCUUGGUAGCCAAGAAGGCCAGUGUUGACCACAAGGUGACCAUGAGCCAGAAGGGUGGCCAAGGAGCGCAGAUGAACGCCGCCGUGCGGUUCGUCCGCCAGCGGCUCCGCGUUGUGCCGGGUGUCUCGUUGUGCCCGGAGGCCCCGCUGGGCUCCGCUCGGUGCUGUGGGCUGUGCGAUCCCAAAGGGUUUUUCAGCCUGAGGGCUUCUGCGGUGCUUCCACUGGUGGCUGAGAGCCAUCUGAGUGUGAAUGGACUGACAGCUCAGACUCACCUCACUGGGGGCGCGUGGCCAACAGAGACCCUGCUGAGGACUCCCAGAUGUGGAACACCAAACCACGCGGACACGAAGGAGCUGCUGCCCCGAGGCAGCCCUGCGCAGCCCGACUCUGCGACGGUGAGCGUGCGUGUUUGCCUUCCAACCCACAUCCGUGGGUCGAGACCCCCAGCCUGGAACAGCGCUGGAUCCGAAGGCUUUGUGUUGUUCUUGGAAAGUUUCGCUCCACUUGUGAAUUCCUUGAACCUUGGCAUUGCCAGCCCGCUUGUGUUGGGCCCUCCUCCUUUUCAGCUUGCUCACAUUAAGACCCAGUUGGCUCUGCAGCAGUUGACCACCAGCAGCUCCGCGCCUCCUCAUGCUUACUUCGGCCGGGCCGUUCUGAAAAGCACCAUGUUUAGCCCCAGAGGAGCGUUGCCACAGAGGCCGAGAGGACCCAACCCGUCCGCAGCGAAGCCCCCGGGAUCCUUCCAGGGUGUGACGGGCCCGCAGAGACCCCCGGCCCCAGGAGCACCCCAGGGGGCGGCGCCGCGUGCGUCGGGGCAGGACAGCGUCCCGUGGACCGGGCUCGCAGCGCAUCAAACGUCCGCGUCUACCCUGCACAGGGCCGACCCGCGGCAGGCCAAGGCCAAGGGCAGCCUGCCNNNNCAGAACGCCGCAGCGCAGAACCGCUACACGCCGGAGAGCGCUUCCAGCAUCUUGGCGAGCUUCGGGCUGUCCAACGAAGAUCUGGAGGAGCUCAGUCGCUACCCGGAUGACCAGCUGACCCCCGAGAACAUGCCGCUCAUCCUCAGGGAGAUACGGAUGCGGAAGAUGGGCCACCCUUUGCCUGGCCUGCAUUCCCAGAGCCGAGGAGAAGCGAUGAGUGGGACGAGCGGCGCGGCCGUCAAGGGCAAGGUGAUCGAUUACGGGCACGCGAGCAAGUACGGGUACACCGAGGAUCCUCUGGAGGUGCGUGGUUACAACGUGGAGGCGCUGAGAGAGGAGCCUCUGGAAGCACGGCCCUACAACCCCGAAGCGCCGAGCGGAGAGAAGAGGGAAGAGUUCCACCGAGAGCAGAGCGUGCCCAUGGGCGUCCCGCCGGCCGGCGCGGCGUGCGGCCCGGCCUUCCCACCUCAGGACCCCGUCGUGCCGCCGCUCAUCUCGCAGCCCGUCGUGCCCGCCCUCCCCCAGCCGCCCUUCUCGGCAGAGCUGCUGGCCAUCCUGGAGCAGCGGGACAGGAUCCAGCACGAGGCCGGGAGCAGCCAGCCCAGCGCCCAGAGCUCCGGGAUGGGGCAGAAGCCCUUCCAGACGCAGCCCGAAGGGCCCAUUAAGUCCCCCUUUGGCGUUGUGAAGGCGUCGUGGCUCCCAUCCUUCCUGCAGUCUGACUCGCAGAAGAUCAAACGCUUGCCCACCCCGUCAAUGAUGAAUGACUACUAUGCGACGUCGCCGAGAAUAUUCCCACAUAUGUGUUCUCUGUGUAACGUAGAAUGCGCUCGUAUGAAGGACUGGAUCCUGCACCAGAACACCCCUUCCCACAUCGAGAGCUGCCGCCACUUGCGACAACAGUACCCCGAUUGGAACCCCGAGUCUCGCUCUUCAAAGCGGAAUGCCGCGGACAGGAAGGAGAACCAGACUCCCAAGCACCGCUCCAACUCGGCCAGCCCCGGCCCCAGGCGCCCGAGGCCCGCAGGCUCCAGCCAUGCUCCCCGUCACUCCCGCUCACGCUCCAGGAGCCCGGGCCGCUACCGCCCAGCACGACCCAGGAGCCGAAGCCCCCGGCCGGUGCGACGCCUGAGCCCCAGGCACUGGUCACGGUCACCUCAGAGGUCCAGGAACCCCCUGAGGGGCAGCCCGCGGCCGCAGCGCUCCUCCAGCAAUGACUGGUCGUCGAGGAGGGCCAGCAGAUCCCAGGACAGGAAGGCAGCUCUGGAGGCGGUGAUGAAAACGUUGGGACCCGGCUUUGUGGCCGAGUUCAACAAGCACAAAUCAUCACAAGCAUCCGCACCUGGGGCGUCGGGCUCAGGGAAGUCAGCACCCUGUCACGGAGCAGCAGGGAAGGUGCCUGGGAAUGGGAAGAAAACCCCCAAAACGAGCACCGCUGUGAAGGCCGUAAAGAAGGACGCGGUUCCUCCGCCUGCACCCGGCUCCUCUCCUCAAAGUGAUGAACUGCCCCAAGAGAAGGAGGUGGAAGAGGAGGAGGAGGACUCUCCUGCAGGGCCCAGCAGGCCUCGUGCUGCUCCGUAUAACCGGCUGUUGAGAGAGGAGCUGCUGAACUGUGGGACGGUCCUUCAGAUCUCCAACUUACCAGACGAUGGCUUUUCAGACCAGGACAUCAAAAAGAUCGUGCAGCCCUUCGGCAAAGUCAGCGACCUGAUCGUGCUCCGCUCCAGGAACAAGGCCUACUUGGAAAUGAACUACAAGGAGGCAGUGAUAGCAGCUGUGAAAUAUGGUGAAACUGUGCCAGUGCUGGUGAAUGGGAAACAGGUGAAGAUCAGCGUCGCAGAGAAGCCCAAAGCAUCUCCCAGCCAGGCCAAAACAAGUGUCAGAAAGAAGACUCGGAUCAUCAAGAAAGUGGCCUCAAGCACCAAAAAACACCCAACCACCUCCGCCGCCGCCACCAAGACGACAAAAAUGAUUGCAGGCAAAAAGGAGAAAACCAAGAAGCCCGUGGGGACCAAAGAGAGUAAAGCCAAGAAGACUUCAGACACUGCAGACCAGUCGGAAGAAAAUGAAUCAAAAGACCUUCAGAGCUCACCGGAAAGUGGGGUGGGAGCUGAGGAAGGUGAGCUGGUCGAGGCCAGCAGUGCUGCAGAAGGGGACGAUGGUGUCACAGAGCCCACGAAGGCAGGAGAGGCUCAGUCCAAAGCUGUGGGCAACCCUGCGCCGUUACCGGAGAAAGCUGCCCAGGUGCUUCAGGCGGUGCCGGCGGGCUCGGAUGGGCAGAAGGAAGCUUUAAUUGAUGGAGAAGCUUCUGCAGUGACUGUGAAGAGCGAAGAAGCAGCAGAGCUGGGCAGCAAGGAAGCUGAUGAUGUGUGCGUGGUUCUGGUUUCAAACCUGCCUGAGAAAGGAUAUUCAGUGGAGGAAGUUUCCAACCUGGCAAAGCCAUUCGGAGGGCUGAGAGAUGUGUUAAUUGUGUCAUCUCAUAAAAAGGCGUAUCUUGAAAUCAACAAAAAGUCUGCAGAGUCCAUGGUGAAGUUUUACACCUGCUUUCCCAUGACGCUGGAUGGGAAUCAGCUGUGCAUCACUAUGGCACCUCAGCAUAGGAGUGUGAAAGAUGAAGAAGCGAUAUUCACUGCUAUCAUCAAAGACUCCGACCCGAAGGUGAACGCUGAGGUGGUGCAGCACCAGUUUGUGCACCUGGGGAACUUACCAGAGGAAGGGUACAGAGAAUUCGAGGUGGUUUGCGUGGGGCUGCGCUUUGGGAAGGUCGAUCAUUACGUUGUGCUGAAGAACAGAAACAAGGCAAUCCUGCAGCUGGAGAGUCCCAAGGCUGCCAGGUCCAUGUUCUGCUUCCUGAACCAGUACUCGUACACCAUGGGGGAGCACACCCUGACCUGUACCUUGUCCCCCAGCAGGCAGCAAGCUGACCCUGAAGCUGUGAAAAAAGAAGUGAAGAAGGAGGAGGCGGGCAGAGGAAGCUCUGGCUUGAAAAAAUAUGCAGAGGGAUCAGGAGCGGUGCAGACAGCAGCUGCUCAUCCUGCAGUAGAGCCCAGCGCGGUGAAGAAAGAACCCAUUUCCAUCCCUCCUGUCAAGGACGAGCUGCCAGCGGUGAAGACAGAGCCUUCAGAGCCGCACCUGGAAGGGGCGCAGAGGGAUUCCGCUGCAGGACUGGCAGAACAAACCGGCAGGAAGGCAGGGGCUGAGCUCGCCGGGGCGCCCGUCGGAUCAGCCGGGGCCGAAUUACCCGCAGCAGAGCCAGAAGAGAAGCUGCCGCCUCCUCCCAGCUCGGGGAAGGAGGAGGAGGUGAUUACGGAUGGCGCGGCCUCGAAGCUCCCCGUGCCUGCAGUGGGAUCCGCGCCGCAGCAGGGCAGGGUGCUGGGAGCUGAAGGGCCGCCUGCUGCCGGACAGCUGCUGGGAGCGGCGCCGGGCAGGGCUGAGCGCGGGCCUUCCGGCACUGCUGCCCCGCUGGCGGCGGGGAGGACGUCGGGGGCCGUCCCCAAAGCUGUGCCUGCGGAGAUGGGCUCGUCGGAGGUGGGCUCAUCUGUCGUCCCCCACGGAAACCUGAAGGCGGACGCUGCCGGAAAGACGCGUGUUAACGAUUGGGCGAAAACAGAACGUGAAAAGCAGGGCGCUCCGACGGCGGGGGUGAAAGCUGAGCUUGAGGCUGGGGCGGCGCAAGGGAGGACGCCGGCUGGAGACGGAGCUGGAAUGGACGUGGAGGUGAGGGCAGGAGGGGCUGUGCUCCACGGAGGGGCUGCUGGGGAGGAGAGCUCCCAGCUGAAGUCCGCAGCAGAGGCGGAGAAGAAACGCGAGCGAUGUGUGGCUGAGGUUGGGGCUGCCGUGGAGAACACCGGUAAGAAUGCGAAGGAGAAGAAGGGCAGUUUAAGCAGAGCGCCUCAAAGCAAGGAAACGAGGCCAGCAAAAACGAAAGAAGCUGUCAAAGCUGCCGCGUUGGACUCCUCGUUGUCCAUCAAGGAGCCUUCCUCUGUUCCCAAAGUAAUUCUGAAGGCGGGGGUGUCUGUUCCCGAUGCACUGAAGCCGGGGGUUGCGGUGCAGAGAAGCAAACCUGCCCUGUGCAAAGGAGAGGAGCAGGCAGCUUCCUCCAAAGCCAGGUCCCAGGGAGCGGCAGCGGGGCAGAAGAAGGCGGCGUUGAAAGAGGAAGGUCAGCCCAGAGCCGGCGCGACUCAGCCAAGCAGCUCUGGAAAGGGUGGCAAUGGGAGGAACGCGUCCCAGCAAGAGAAGGACUCGCACGUGGAGCCUAGGGCUGCCUCAAAGCAGUCCCAGGAGGGGGACAGCAGGUCGUCCAGCACGAAGAAAGACAGCAGCAGCACUAAGGUUUCCACUGGAGGCAAUACGAGAACGUCCAGAAGCGGUGGCAGCAGCAGCACAAGGCAGAAGGAGGAAGAAGAGCUGUUCCCGUUCAACCUGGACGAGUUUGUUACUGUGGAUGAGGUGAUAGAGGAGAGCGAGUCUCCCGUUAAAACGCAGCACAGUCAGCCCAAGGGGAAGAGGAAGGAGUGUUCCAGGAGCAGCUCGGAGCCCAGCUCCAAGCGGAGGAAGGACAGGAGCUCCCCGCAGCGCCUCGCCGAGAGCCGCCUGUCCUUCGUCAUGUUGGAUGAGAUCGGCGAGGAGGAGGAGGAGGCCGGCGCGCAGCUGGGCAUGCUGGUGGUGGACGAGGUGGUGGAGGAGGAGGAGCUGAUGGCCGAGGUGGGCAAGGAGCCGCGGGUGCUCCUCACUUUGGAUGAGCUGCGGGAGCAGGGCGGCUCGCGGAGGGACGGCUGCGCUUUGGAUGGGCGGCGAUUGAAGCCGGAGCCUUUGGUGACCGUGGAUGAAAUCGGGGAGGUGGAGGAGCUGCCGCUGAACGAGCCCACGGAGCUGAGCGUGGAGGAGGGGCUGAAGCCGAAGGAGGAGGAGGAGGAGAAGGGCGGCGCUGAGGAUCCCUGCCAGGUCCCCGACGAUCCCAGCGCCUUGGUGACGGUGGAUGAGAUCCGUGAGGAGCACGAGGACGACGGCGCGACGUGGGACGAGGCGAACGAGGAUGAAGAUGAUUUCCUGGCUGACUUCAACCGACUGAAGGAGGAGCUGAACUUUGUUACGGUGGAUGAGGUUGGGGAGGAGGAUGAGGAGGAAGAAAGCGCUUCGCCGGGGAAAAACCCAAAGGAAGGUGAAGACGAGGAGGAAAUUGCUGCUGCUGUGGGACCAGAAGAAGAAACAGCUGCUGUUGCAGGACCAGAAGAGGAGGACAUUGUUGCUGUUGCAGGGCCAGAAGAGAUGGAAGUUCUGGGCGGUGCACAUCCGGAGGAAGAAGAAAGUGCAGCCUCCAAAUCAAAAGGUCUGGAUUACCUCCUCCCCAAGGCCGGCUUCUUCUGCCAAAUCUGCUCCCUGUUUUACUCAGAUGAGACCUCAGUGAAGAAUCACUGCCGCACGGCGCUGCACCAGCAGAACGCAGAGAGGUUCAUGGCCACACAGAAGGAGGAAGAGAGCAGUGGGGCUGAGCACAGCCCGAGGUGACGGGAAAAGAGGAGAGGAGAGGAGAGGAGCCUCCAUCCUUCCAUCCUUCCAUCCCAUCCAGCGAGGGGCCCGGCUGCCUUCGUGUGUUCUGUUGGUGUUGUACAGAUCCAGACUGAGACGCCCGCAGGGGGGAAGGAGGUGGCUUUGGUUUGUGUCCCAAAGCAUCGGGGUGCUGGGGGGCUGCUCCCCUCCCGCCCCCCUUUCACUUGCCAUAAACACCCUCCUUGUACAGCC